CUGUUGAGUCUUCAAGCCCAGGAGGUUCAGCAACAUCUGAUGACCAUGAAUUUGAUCCAUCAGCUGAUAUGCUGGUUCAUGAUUUUGAUGAUGAACGGACGUUAGAAGAGGAAGAAAUGAUGGAAGGGGAAACAAACUUCAGUUCUGAAAUAGAGGAUCUUACAAGGGAAGGUGAUAUGCCAAUUCAUGAACUACUUAGCCUUUAUGGCUAUGAUGGUACAGUCCGAAUCCAAGAGGAAGAAGAGGAGGAGGAGGAGGAGGAGGAGGAAGGAGAUGAUGAUGAAGAUGUUGAUAAUGAUGACAACAGUGGUUGUAGUGGAGAAAACAAGGAGGAGACCAUAAAGGAUUCAUCAGGUCAGGAGGAUGAGACACAGUCCUCUAAUGAUGACCCAGCACCAUCUGUUGCUUCUCAAGAUCCACAAGAGAUAAUUCGCCCACGUCGAUGUAAAUAUUUUGAUACAAACAGUGAAAUAGAAGAGGAAUCUGAAGAAGAUGAAGAUUAUAUUCCCUCAGAAGACUGGAAAAAGGAAAUCAUGGUGGGCUCUAUGUUUCAAGCUGAAAUUCCAGUUGGUAUCUGUAAAUACAGAGAAAAUGAGAAAGUGUAUGAAAAUGAUGACCAGCUUCUGUGGAAUCCUGAUCAUUUAUCAGAAGAUAAAGUGAUUGAAUUCCUCAAUGAAGCCUCCAGGCGUACAGGUGAUGAGAAAGGACUAGAUGCAAUUCCUGAAGGAUCACAUAUUAAAGACAAUGAGCAGGCAUUGUAUGAGUUGGUUAAGUGCAAUUUUGAUACAGAAGAAUCAUUGCGCAGAUUACGAUUUAAUGUAAAAGCAGCCAGAGAAGAGUUAUCUGUUUGGACAGAAGAAGAAUGUAGAAAUUUUGAACAAGGACUAAAGGCAUAUGGAAAAGAUUUUCACUUGAUUCAGGCAAACAAGGUACGAACAAGAUCAGUUGGCGAGUGUGUUGCAUUUUAUUACAUGUGGAAAAAAUCGGAGCGGUAUGACUUCUUUGCACAGCAGACCCGGUUUGGGAAGAAGAAAUACAAUCUUCACCCUGGUGUAACGGAUUACAUGGACCGUCUUCUGGAUGAAAGUGAAAGCGCUGCUUCCAGUCGAGCUCCGUCCCCUCCCCCUACAGCGUCUAACAGCAGCACCAGCCAGUCUGAAAGGGAGGACAGCACAACCAGCAACAGUAAUCAAAAUGGAGUAUCCACCAAUGGAUCAGGUGAGAUAGCAAGUAAGGAUGAAAUAAAAAUGGAAGGAUUGCAUGUAAACGGACCAAUGAGUGGCAAGAAGACAUCUCAUACAGAUCUGGAUACAAAUGGUUAUGAAACAGAAAACCUUUCUGCUGACCCUAAACUCGCUCAUUCGACAGCAAGAAAUGAAAAUGAUUUUGAAGAAAAAGGCGAAAGACCUGUGAAGAGGAGAAGAAUCAACAGCAAUGGAAAAGAAAGUCCAGGUUCUUCAGAAGGUUUCCAAGAAACAAUCUCGCAUGGGAAAUUUGAAGAACUGGGAACAUUGGAUGACUGAAUAUGGGAGCUGAUUUUAUUCCUUGGAGUAAAUUCUGGGACGUGUAAAAUUUUCAGGGUUGAUGGGUUACCUGACAGAAUCAAAUUCCAGGCAACAGUCUGUUGAGAUUUUCUUACCUUUCAUUUGGCCCCUAAGAUCUGAUAACUCAUUUGUCAAUGCUGACAUGCUGUAGGAGAACUUUUUGGUCCACAGAGCUGUUGACUGUUAACAAAGGUCUGGCAACUGCAUAACUGCCAUCAGACAUCUGAGAAAUAAAUCGGUCAUGGUAUGUGUAUAGUGAACACAUUUCUAGCUUAAUGUGCCAAGGAAACGUAUACACGUUCUUCUGCAGAAUUACUUAAGCUUUGCUCUGCUAUACAAAUUAUACUUUUUAAAGAGGAGAGCUGGAUUGAAUUACAGAUUGUCACAAGAGGAUAGUGACAUUUAGAAUUCCAAAAGAUGUAUUGAAAUGGGUGUGGAGUUAAAUGUUCUAAACGAAGAGAAGUGUUUUCCAAUUGUUAAGGAACCCCUAUGAAUCCUGAAAGUUAUGAGCACAAUUAUUUUUAUAUAUAGAAGUUUUAAAACAUAAUAAACCAAGUCCGGUUUGCAUAUGUAAAAUUGUUGACAUCAAUGAUGUCUUUCCAUAUUCUUAUCUGGGCUAAAGAAAUACAUUCUGUAUUUUUCCAGAUUUCUUUGUAGCCUUUGAAAGAUUUUUACAGUACCUAUGUCUUGAUUGAGCUGUCCUUUCUUAAAACAAAAGCUUGUAUAAUUUUCUUAACUUGUAUAGUUGGUAAACUUUUAUGAAAGAAGUGAUAUUCUGAGUCUAAUGUCAGCUUCAUUUUAUUUUGCUACAGACUUUUUCUAAAAAAAAAAACCGCAAAAAUAAUUUGUUUAUGUAAUUACCAAGUCAUGUUUUCUUCUUGGAAAACAGUAAAUGAUUAAAAUUGUUAUAAGGGUGGUUAAUAGUCAUAUAAUUAUGAGAAUCUGAUUUCAAAUUUCUGUCUUAUGACACACAGUGACUUUUAGAAUUUUGGAAUAAGCAUGAUGCUUUUAUUGCACAAAUUCUCUUGCUUUUAUUAUACAUUUUCAAGGUUUAUUUUUGAGAUUAAGACAAAAGCUUAAUGUCAGCCAAAUGCCUAAAUAUACUAGAACUUGUUAGCUAAGGUCAGGUAUUAUAUUAUCAUUGAUUUAUCUUUAAUACAUCUCGUACAUUUCAUUGUGCACAGAAGAGAGAAGGAAUGGAUCAAUUAAUCUGGUUGCCUAGGUUAGGCAUGAGUACACAACUGGUUACCAUGGGCCUGGCUUUUGCACCACUGAAAGUGUGUUGAUGGUUUCAGUGGGAGCAGGAACAGUGCAGUGUCUGUGUAAAGAGUUGGUACAGCACAUAUAUAUGUGUAUGUAUAUAUGUAAGAGGUAAUGGUAGGUGUUGGUAACUAUAUUUGAGAGGGUGCUAGAACGUAAAACCCUUGUCCGUAGGGGAGAAUGCUAAUUCUGUUCUUACUAGCCUUGCCAAUAAAGGUCUGGACUUUGAGGUGGAGGUUUGUCUGUGAAGUAGUAAUUUUACAAAUAUUACAGUACCUUUAUAGCCACAGCUGCACAAAAUCUGGUUUAAAAAGCAUAGGAAAUAAUGUCCUGUUUGUGUAAUCUAAAACCCGUUUUCUUGUAUGCCUGUGGUUUUACAAACAUACUGUUAUUUCUGUUAAAGUAGUCUUCAUAAGUUUAUAUGCUGCUCUUCCAAGGUUCUUUUGGAAAUUUAGGGUCACAUGUCUUUAAACUAGCUUAAUUAUCACAUUACUGAAGUCAUGUGUUUUUUCUAAGUCAAUCUUUUGCUUUUUUGUUAAUGAUCAGGAGCCCAAGUUCAGAGCCAAAUUAAAAUCUGGUUUGACUCCAUUGAUUUUUAUAUUGGAUAUUAGCCCAUUUGUCAUCAUCUUCCCCCCCCCCCCCACGCCCCAAAUUUGGGUGAUAAGUUUUUACUGGCUCAGCUGGCAUUAGGAGUUGACAAGCUGACAUUAACCUACCUAGAAGUAUAUAGCAGUUUAUACAGAGAGGCAUAAGUAAGAGACAUAUAAUCUAUGGCCUGCAUUAAUCUUGUGGAGCGAUUGGUUUAGAAAGAGAUUGUCAAUUUGGAAAUCUGGUUGGUUAAUGGAAAUCCAAGCCUUAUAUCAAAAGACGGCCACUUAGAAAGUUUCAGAAGGAGUGUAGUGCAGGGCUUUUCAAAAUCUUUGCAACUUCAAUCAGAGUCAUAUUUUCAAUUUAUUAUAUUAAACAUUUUUGUUUGCAAGGUGAAAAUACUUGCAGAAUUUUUUAUAGGAAAGUUUAUAAGUAAAUUGUCUCAGGCUUGUGUGUAAAAUAUGGCACUGUGUAUAUUUUCAGAAAUGUUGCUUUGUUUUUAAUCUUACCUCUUUAUGGUAUACCUGAAAGAGACCUGACAUUCCAUAAGCAAAUAAUAUGUAAUGCUCAGCUAUUCUUUAAGAAGUAUUUAAUUAUAAUUUGCAUUUUGUUUAUGCAGGUGUGUUUUUUUUAUACAAUAUUUCGUUCAUGUUCUUCAAAAUGCAGCCACUAUAACUUGAUAAGUCAUUGCACUACUAGAACUAUUUAAAAUUCUAGAAAUAUAGUAACUUUGAAUUUGUUCAAGAAACAUUCGGUGCAGUUUUGGAACCGAAAAACAUACGAACUCGUGUCCAAACUGCAUAAAGACAGCAACUUGCAUGUAGACACUUGUGUAUAUUUUUUCAAGCCCUAUCAUGAUGCAUCCAGCUGGAUCAAAUGUCUUGUUUUCAUGAAGUGCUUUAAGAGUGCAGCCUGAACAGAAAAUGCAGUUCAACAGAACAAACCUUUGUUGAGCUUUUUAAAGGAUUUGAAGUGAUAUUUUAAGAAAAAAAAAUUUACAAAUUAGUUUUUAUACAUUUUUUUCACGCAUAGUAAUUUUGCACUGUUAGUAAUUCCCUUAUCCUGCCCCACUCCCUGUCUGCAAUUCUGGAAAAGCUUAUUAAAAUAUUUUUUUAA